CGAGAGGGAGAAGACGCUUCCAUUCUUUUAGUGCAGUGGGCUGAGGCAAAAAGGCCAUUGUAAUGGUAAAUCGCAUGCAGAAAGGAAGAAAAGACUGAUAAUCAAUCACAAAUGAAGCAUUCGUUUGGAUUUUGGCAAUUUGCUGGCCAGGGGCUUUUAAAUCUAUAAACAUUUUUUUUCUUUUUUUGCUCCUAUCUUUAAAAGCACAAGUUUGAUAUACUGAAGACAGGAGGAGAAAUCUUUACAAAGCUAUCAUGCCCAGAAUACCUGCGAAUGGGGAAAGCACAGUGUUGAAACACCAGUAAAACUAUGCAAUUCUGAAGGAGAAACAGCAUGCUGAAACGUUGUUGGGAAAUGUUUUUAAGCCAUCACCUUGGACUCCAGUGCUGAAGAAAAAUUUUCUGUCUCAGCCUUUUCUUGUUUCACGUAUUCAGGGAUGACUUGUGGUGGACUUCUGGAGUUUAAUUUCCAACUUCACUGUUCUGUGAUUGCCUGAGUGGGUUUUAUAUUUGACUGAGUAUGUGAUAGGACAGCUGAGGAUGUUAGACAAUAUUAACACCAGCAUAUCUUCUUCAGAGCCCAGCAUUACCCAUAAAGGAAGAUACAUCUACCUGGAGGCACUGCUUCAAGGAGGCGCUCCAUGGGGAUUCACACUGAAAGGCGGACUGGAGCAUGGGGAGCCAUUAAUCAUCUCAAAGAUCGAGGAGGGAGGUAAAGCAGACUCCCUGCCUUCCAAGCUGCAGGCUGGUGACGAAGUGGUGAACAUCAAUGAGGUGGAACUGAGCAGCUCCAGGAGAGAGGCCAUCUCCCUGGUUAAAGGGUCCUACAAGAAACUGAAGCUAGUCGUCCGCAGGGACACACAUGCAGCAAAGGGAUGUACCGACCUGUCUCCCAACCCACUCAGUCUGAACUGCGUGACCACUGACUUUCAGCCCAGCAAAACCACAUGGUCGGGAGGAGUUAAGUUACGGCUGAAGACCAGGCGGAGCGAAACUCCAGGCCGACCUCACUCCUGGCAUUCAACCAAACUUGUGGAGAACCAACCCGAUCCCAGCAUGAUGCAAAUAUCUCAGGGUACGCUUGGCACCCCCUGGCACCAGUCCUACCACUCCAGCUCCUCAACCAGCGAUCUCUCUGGCUAUGAGCAUGGCUAUCUGAGGAGAAGUCCUGAUCAGUACAGUUCCCGGGGCAGCAUGGAGAGCUUGGACCACUCCUCCCCUGGCUAUCACCCUUGUCACCUGUCCCCGGCCAAAUCCACCAACAGCAUCGACCAGCUCUCCCACUUCCACAGCAAGAGAGACUCUGCCUACAGCUCCUUCUCCACCAACUCUAGCAUCCCUGAGUAUCCCGCUCCCCCAUUCAGCAAGGAGCACUCCUGCUCUACGGACACCAUGCAGUCCCGAGGCAGCCUGCAGGAGGGCAUGAGGCAAGCUGACAUCAGGUAUGUCAAGACAGUCUACGACGCCCAGCGAGGGAUCUCUGAGGAGUAUGAGGUGCAGUCCUCUGCCUUGCUUCCAAGUUGCGAGGCCCGGGCUUCGCUGGAUGGUCGCGGCCACAGCAGGCUCCACGGCUUCAGCCGGCACAACGCAGCUCCCUCCUGGGCGCAGCCAGGCCAGGGCUCCUCGGACAGCAAGAGCCAGCCCCCCAAGGGACCUCCCUUGCCUCCCACUCGCAGCGACAGCUACGCAGCCAUUAGGCAUCAUGAGAGGCCCAGCUUAUGCACUGGCCUUGAUCUGAACAAGCCUGGUCGAACCCAGGCGAAAGGGGCCUGGCCUCUGCUUGUCAGCACUCUAUCCCAGGGUCCGCUGCUGAAAACCCCCUUCGGAGAAGGGCAUCUGCACACUGUGGUGGAGAAGAGCCCAGAGAGCAGCCCCACCAUGAAGCCCAAGCAGAGCUAUUCCCAGCCAGCCCAGCCGGGGCAGCCCCUGCUGCCUACUGGUGUCUACCCAGUACCUUCCCCAGAGCCGCACUAUGCCCAGGUGCCCCAGCCUUCUGCAAGCAAUAACGGGAUGCUUUAUCCAGCUCUGGCCAAAGAAAGCGGGUACUCACCGCCUCUUCCAGUCUCUUAUGACAAGGCCGUAGCCAGCAGCACCCUGGGCUUUGACGAGAAUGGAAGCCAAAGCACUACAAACAGAUCAACCAUCUUCUACCAGCCCCCAGCAGCUGAGAGAAAGCGCGAUGCUGCAGCAAAACUUCUCCAGCAGAAACCUCCUAGCGCGGCAGGCCCAGAAGUCUGCCUGACCACGUCGAGAAAGGAGGAGUUGUUACCUCUCUACAAGGUAGCACACAGCAACCGAGAGACUGCAGGUACUGCGCAGGCCUCCAAACACAGUCUUCAAGCUCCGCAGCCCCAUCUGAGGGAUGCUAGUGAGCGAAAAACCCAUUACCAGCCCAAAGAGGACUGGACAGCUGAAUCCCAGGAGGACAAAAAUGGCAACACACAGAUAAACGAGAGAGACGCUGCUGCUCACCACCAGUGGGGUCACAGCAGGGCCAAGCAGUAUGGCUUCUCCUCCUUGCAGAACAUCCCAGAGAGCUCCAGGAGGCAAAGCAGCUCUGAGUUAAAAGAGGUGCAACCAGGCGAGGGUUAUUCCAACACCAAACUGUCCUUCUUGAACAGCAGCAGUAAAGAGGAGAAGGAUCACAGGGGACAGGGGCAAAAACAGUGGAGUGACGUGGACCCACAGGCCUUUGCGAGGCAGGAGGAGGAGGGCACGAGCGUGACUCCGUUCCACGCUGCCGAGCCAGAGUGCAAAGAGCCCCCUUCUCCACAGCACCCAAAGACCUCUGAUUUUGGGAGGAGCCGGCUCAGCUCUAGCAGCACCCAAAGCUUUCCCUAUGGCAAACCAGACGCUGGCAAGCCCCGCUGCUCGGUGCUGGAGAAGGUCAGCAAGUUUGAGCAGCGAGAGCAAAGCACUCACUGGCCCCAGAGCGCUGGCGUUCCCAGCUUCGGCCAGCACUACGGGCCAAGCAGGACGAGCCAGGCCUCCAGCGCGAGGUGCUCUCUGCACAGCCUGGAGGACACGCGGAGCAAGCUCCGUGAGCCUGGCCAGCUGCCCAGUGAGCCAGGCAGGGUCUCCAGCCCCUCCGUCAGGAACGGGAAGCUGGAAGAGGCUGACUGGCACCCCAUAGAGUUGCAGAUGGCGGCUUCGGUGAAGCAGGCAAGACCCAGCGAAUACUACAGCCUGUGUCCUGAAAAUGAGGUGCAAAUAAGGGCGGCUCAGCUACCGAGGAGUAAAAGCACAUUCCAGCUGGGAGGUGAGCCUGAGAAGGAGAUCCUCUGGAAGGAUAAUGUCCAGGAUGCCCAUGGGUCACAGCUGGACACACCAUUUAACAGGGCCUACAGGAACAGCAUUAAAGAUGCUCAGUCCAGGGUGUUGAGGGCUACUUCCUUCCGUCGCAUCAGCCCCCCGUUCGGGAGCGCACCCAAGAGGACGACCCAGAGGCCUGCCUCGGCCCACGUGGGCAUGAGGAGCACGGCGGCGUCUCCCCAUACGCCGAAGGAGAGGCACAGUAUCACGCCAACGGAAGGCAGCCUCUCUGCCCUGGACUAUGCCAAGACACAGCACAUCUUGCGCAUCGGGGGUCGAAAGCGGCUGACAGCAGAGCAGAAGAAGCGGUCUUACUCGGAGCCGGAGAAGAUGAACGAGGUGGGCAUCUCUGAUGGGGAGCCGUCGCCUUUCUCCUUCCAGAAGAAGAGCAUCCAUUUUGUCUUCCCAGAGAAUACGGUGGCUGACCGGCGUAAGAUCUUCGAAAGGGAUGGCAAAGCUUCUUCCACAGCCAGCCUCUCCAAGCCGGAGCUCAAGCAACUCCAGCAGAACGCCCUCGCUGACUACAUCGAGCGCAAAACAGGGAGACGGCCAUCCUCACAAGAUGUCGGACUGCUGAGGGAGCGCUCCCACAGCUCCUACCUACAGGCAGGUGGCCCAGACAGCCAGAGCCUUUCCUCUGCCUCCAGCAUGAAUUCUCUCCAGGACCAGAACCUUUACCGACGGAGAGAGUCCAUAGAGCGGAUAUCUAGGACGGGGCGGAUAUCUUCCACCCUUCCUCCUGGCCUGAUGGGCUGCUUCGAUAUGAGUGGAGAUGAGAAGAAGACAGGGCACCAGGACAGCUUGGUCACAAGCCGACCGAAAACGGAGAGGUGCCGGGACUACAGAGCCAAAACGGAGCUCACCAAAGGCACGCAGACAGACCCUCUGGGCAUGCAGGGCCAGCCUCACUACAGCAAGCAGGAGCAGGUCUUUGAAACACCCUCCGCCACCAGGAAAUCUGGGAAAUCGGUGUCUGUGGAAGACUUGCUCGAUAGGUACGACAAUCAGACAGUCCCUGUGCAUGUACGUUCCAGAUCGUCUCCCACAGCGGAUAAGAAACACCAGGACCUGCUGAGAAGGGAAGGCAGUGAAUUUGGCCCCAUGGUGAGAGAUCCUUUCUAUGUGGUCAGCGCAGGAACCAGGUCUUUCAGCAAGAAAGAAAGAAGCCACUCAGAAAAAAUGGCAUUCACAAGUUAUUAUCCCCAUCCUCGCCACAGCAGCGAGGUUGUUACCGGGUCUGCCACGCUGACCGAGAACCACAAGCUCUCAGAACUUUCCAGGCCAGAUAGCAGGACUUCUGCAUUUGUCCCAUCCCCAACAGAGGCAAGGAGUCACUAUCCUGAGCAAAAGCAAGGUUUUAAGCCCUUGUUCCUUAGCCUUACUCCUUCUGGAUCUGGCCAGUCCUCCCCUAAUACUCCCACCCAGACUCCCUCAGACUUCCAGAGUGCAGGUGAUGGCCAGGCUCUGAGACAGCACCAUGCCAAACGAGAUGCUGUUCCCCCUGAGGGCAACGGUAAUAUUCAGGCACAGUGUUUGGAUGGUGUCCAGGAUAGAUCCCCUGAAACUCCCGCGGAAGAAAUGAUGUGGAGAAGGAAAGCCGGGCUGCUUCACAGAUCCCUCCCGCCCAAAGUGGUGUGGGCUCAUUCGGUCAAAGACAACAGCUACCCAAGGGCUAUGGUGUCUCCUCCAGUGGCUGGGCCAAAGUUCUUCCAGAGGUGGCAGUCCCUGCCGACACAGAGCAGCACUUCUUCUGACCCAGAGACUCCUCCUCCUCAGGGGACAACCCAUCUCCGAAUCUCGGAGUCGGGCCUGCAGCUCACGCCCCCGCCAUUGCUGCAGGAUGAUGAAGACGACGAGGUGUUUGUCAUGCCUGCCCAGCCCGGUGUCAUUGCUUCACCGUUGUCACCCCCACUGCCAUCCCGUCCUCUUCCUGAGCUGAGCUCUUGCACUUCUGCAAACGGCACGGAGGAAUUCCCACCUCCUCCCCCACCGGUGGCGCUUGAGGGGAAUGGGGCAGCUGGAGACAAAUCCACCAGGCUCACAGAGGAGGCCAAAGUGAGCAGCUUCAAAAGCUUUCCCAAAGCCCCGGCCGAGAGGGAGAUAACAGGGUUGGGCACCAGUAUCGGUGAAAAUAAUUGGCCCCUCUCACCGCCUGCAUCAAAGAGGACUAGCUCUCCAUCUGCUGUGGAUAAGCAGCACCCAUUACCUGCUUCUACUGAAGGGCCUCAAGGUGCUGAUAGACAGCCCAUAACUCAACCUGAAGGUAACCACAGGGAGCCAGCAGUCAUCGCUGGAGAGUCAGAAAAUGGCAGCCUGGACUCCGGGAUACUCAGCGCAGCACCUCCAGUGAAAACAAAGAAAAAGACCCCAGAGGAUAUUAAGUCAGAGGCUCUAGCAAAAGAAAUUGUCCAUAAAGACAAGUCUUUGGCUGAUAUCCUGGACCCAGAUUCCAAAAUGAAGACAACCAUGGACUUAAUGGAAGGGCUUUUCCCCAGUGGAACCAGCUUGCUGAAGGAGAGCAACAUGAAAAGGAAGAUGACGCAGAAGAAAGUUAGCAGGACAGCAGUCGAAGAUGACAUGAGAGAAGAAAAGGAAGCUGCUGUAACCCUGGUCACCUGUCCUGCUUAUUACAGUGUUUCAGCACCCAAAGCAGAACUGCUGAAUAAAAUCAAGGACUUGCCAGAAGAAGUAGGUGAGGAAGAGGAGCUGCUAGACAUCAAUGAGAAGAAGGCUGAGCUCAUCGGGAGCUUGACCCACAAACUGGAAAUCCUGAAGGAAGCCAAGGAGGGUCUGCUUGCAGACAUUAAGAUGAAUAAUGCUCUUGGAGAGGAGGUGGAGCUGUUGAUCAGCAAGCUAUGCAAACCUAACGAGUUUGACAAGUACAAGAUGUUCAUUGGUGAUUUGGAUAAGGUGGUGAACCUCUUGCUCUCCCUCUCGGGACGCCUGGCCCGCGUAGAGAACGUUCUGAGCAGUCUGGGGGAAAAUGCCAACAGUGAAGAGCGGAGUUCGCUGAACGAGAAGAGGAAACUGCUGGCUGGCCAGCACGAAGAUGCCCGGGAACUGAAGGAAAACCUUGACCGUCGAGAACGGGUGGUCUUGGAAAUCCUGGGCAACUACCUCUCUGAGGAACAGCUCCAGGAUUACCAGCACUUUGUAAAGAUGAAGUCCGCACUCCUCAUAGAGCAGCGAGAGCUAGACGAUAAAAUCAAACUGGGUCAGGAACAGCUCAAGUGCCUGAUGGAAAGCCUCCCCACAGACUUCACGCCCAGGGAUGCAACAGCAGCAGCUGCCCUAGCUGCAGCACUUGCUACCUCUGCCGGGGUCGGUGGUAAAACACCUCCAGCAGUCUCUUCCUCACUCUAACCUUUCCCAGGUGGACCUGGGAUACAGUCCUCCUGCCUGAGUCUAUUUAAUCCAAGUACUUGGCAGAUGGUUCUCUACAAAGACAAUGAAUGGAGACAGGUUUAAAACAAGAUUUUAAUGAAGGAAAAAAAUAGCAAUAAUAAAGGUUUUAUUUUCCUUUCCUUCCACCUCUGCUUCCUGGAAACUUAAAUCAAUGUGGAGGGAAAUCUCCUCCUUCCAGAGAGGAGGAAGAGUCUCACAACAAUUAAACACAUUACCUUUAAUAAAAAACAUGACUUCCUCUCUUCCCUCCCUUUCCUGCCUACCCGGCACCUCAUUAAAUAAUGAAGGAUCUAAAAGAAUGAAGCCUUAAAAAUAAAACCAACCCAUUCUACUGAACAUUAUUGAUAUUUAUAUUUUUUAAAGAACAAGACAGAAUGUGUAAGUUUUUGUACAUACUCUAAUCAGUUACUUGAUUCUACUUUGUUCUGUAUGUAGAAAAGACAUUUAAUUUUGUAUUUUGUGAAAACCUUAACAAAAAGAGGGAACCCCAAAGAUAGUCAUGCAUUAGCUUGGAACAUCUCUUCGUGGUUUUGUUGCUGUUGUUGUUGUUGUUUUUUAAUAUAAUAAAGGGCUACCAGAAGAUGCUUUAA